CACUAUGUCUGACUUGCUUGUCUUUUUUAGCUGUUUCGAUUAGACCCUUGACUAACCCGUUGAGUGCAGUUGCUCGCACCAAAAUAUCUUCCCUCCUCCUGCGUGUUACUAUAAACAUCCGCACAUCUGCCAUUUUCUCCACCUUCUCUGUGCAACCGGCAACCCGGCUCGGCUCCCCCCACACAUCUCUGCCAGUUUCCAAAGCACUGUCGUCCACCUCGGCCGCGAGGUCCGACUCCGGUGUUGGCCGCGGCAGGGGCCUCCCCUUGUGUAAGCAACAUUAUUAAUUGUCCUCAGAUAUCUUCGUGAGGAUCCAUGGAGAUCGCCAUUGGCGCUGCGCGCUGGGUGGUGGGCAGGGCGCUGAGCCCCGUGACGGACGGCCUGCUGGAGUCAUGGGCGGCUAGCUCUGAGCUUGGACCCAACGUCCGCGCACUCAAGCUGGAGCUGCUCUACGCGCAGGGGAUGCUUAACAACGCCCGCGGCCGGGACCUGAGCAACCCCGCGCUGGCGCAGCUGCUGCUGGAGCUCCGGCACCUUGCGUACAACGCCGACGACGUGCUGGACGAGCUGGAGUACUUCCGCAUCCAGGACGACCUGGACGGAACGUACGAGACCACGGACGCCGCCGACGACCGGGGUCUCGUCGUCGGAAUCAUCUUGAACGCUCGCCACACGGCCAGGGCCGUUGCGAGAAAGCUCAAGUUUUCCUCAUGCUCGUGUGCUUUCGCGAGCCGUGAUGAUCGUGACGAGGAGCAAGAAGAUGCAAAGCAAGGAUGUCUCUCGAGUUAUUGCUCAUGUGGUGGGCGAAAAGAUCGUGACAGCACAUCAUCACCACCACCACCGCCGUCCAACAAUGGCGACAUGGGCGUCCACAUCGGAUGCAUGGCUCAGGUUAUUUCAAGUGCUCAUAACAGCGCCCGUGCUGUCGGUAAACGCCUCCCUUGCUACUCUCUCCCAUCUGUCCAUGACAAUGCUCAAACCAAAGUUGAAUGCAUUGUGCACGCACCAAAGUUGAAGUUUGAUAGAGUAGAAGUGUCUAGAAGGAUGGCAGAGAUAAUAGAGCAGCUCAAGCCACUCUGUGCUAAGGUCGCCACCAUUCUUGAUCUAGAGAUAUCUGGCUCCAACCGUACCACAAGCCAAGGCAUAGAUUUGCACAGAACCAAAACCACCACACCACAAAUUAUAGAGGCUACGUUAUACGGGAGGGGUAACCACAAAAACAAUGUUGUAGAUAUCAUUACCCAUGGUAAAGAUAGUGCAAACAACCUUACUGUGAUUUCAAUAGUUGGUUCAGGGGGUAUUGGGAAGACAACUUUCACGCAACACAUAUAUGCGGAAGUGAAGAGCCAUUUUCAUGUCCCAAUAUGGAUAUGUGUCUCUCUUGAUUUCAAUGCAAAAAGAUUGGCACAAGAGAUUGUAAAACAGAUUGUAAAACAGAUGCCUAAAGUCCAGGAGGAAAAUAAAAAUGCUAGUGAUGAAGAGCUAAUUGAAAAAGGAUUGCAGUCUAAACAGUUCAUUCUUGUCUUGGAUGACAUGUGGAUAUGUCAUGAGGAUGAGUGGAAAAAACUGUUGGCUCCAUUUAAAAAAGGAGGAACAAGAGGUAACAUGAUUAUAGUGACAACACGAAUUCCAAAGGUAGCAAAGAUGGUUGCAACAAGAGAUUGUCUCAUAAGACUGGAGCGUUUAAAACAUGAAGAUUGUAUGCAUUUCUUCCAAGCAUGUGUGUUUGAUGGCCAACAACUAUGGAAAGGUCAUCCUGAUUUACAUAAAGUUGGGGAAGAUAUAGUGAAAAGAUUGAAGGGGUCACCUCUUGCAGUGAAAACUGUAGGUAGAUUACUAAGAAACCAACUUACUUUAAACCAUUGGAGAAAAGUACUGGAAAGUAAAGAAUGGGAACUUCAAAAAAACGAUGAUGACAUUAUGCCGGCAUUGAAGCUUAGCUUUAACUAUCUUCCUUUUGAUCUACAACAAUGCUUCUCUUAUUGUGCUUUAUUUCCUGAAGAUUAUGAAUUUGAUAGCAAAGAGCUAAUUCACUUGUGGAUAGGUCUAGGGUUACUAGAUACCAGGGAUCAAAACAAGAGAACUGAAGAUAUUGGAGAAGAUUAUUUAAAUGAUUUGGUCGAUUAUGGAUUCUUCCAAAAGAAUUUCGAAGAGGAUUCACAUCCUUAUUAUUUGAUCCACGACCUACUACACGAGUUAGCGGUAAAUGUUUCAUCAUAUGAAUGCCUCGUCAUACAUGGUUCUAACUUGAAGUCAUUACAAAUUCCUGCAUCCAUACGUCAUUUGUCUAUCAUUAUUGACAAUGAAGAUGUCAAGGAUAGAGUAACAUUUGAAAAUUAUAAGAUGGAAUUGAAUAUAUUGGGUAGACGAUUGAGAGCUGAAAACCUACGUACUUUGAUGUUAUUUGGACAACACCAUGGAAGCUUUUCCAAGACUUUUGGUGAAUUGUUUAGUGAAGCAAAAUCUCUUCGUACUAUAUUUUUGUCUGAAGCAUCUUAUAAUGUGGAGGAUAUAUUGCGGAACUUUUCACAACUCAUCCAUCUUCGCUACUUAAGGAUCAAGGAUUAUGAAUCCGCUGUGAUAAGUCUACCCAGCGGUAUCUCAAGAUUUUAUCACUUGGUGGUCCUAGAUUUACAACAAUGCAAUGAUCUUCAUGGUUCUCUAAGAGAGAUUAGCAACCUUGUGAAACUCCGUCAUUUUCUUGUCCCAAAUGAAGAGUUUCACUGUGAAAUUUUUGAGGUGGGAAAAUUGAAAAUUUUACAAGAGUUAAUGAGAUUUGAGAUCAAAAAAGAAAUGAGUGGCUUUGAACUGAAGCAGUUAGGGCAAUUGCUAGAGCUCCGAGGAUCGCUGGCAAUUUGUAAUCUUGAAAGGGUAGAAGCAAUAAAGGAAGCAGAUGAAGCAAAACUAGUACACAUGAACUACUUGCACAAGUUAACAUUACACUGGGAUAUUGGCCGAUCUAAUAAGGAUCCAAAACAAGAACAUGAUAUUCUUGAACGUCUUAAGCCACAAAGUGAGCUUCGAGAGCUCUGCAUUAGAGGGCAUGGAGGUUCUACUUUCCCAACUUGGCUAGGUGUGGACCUUUCCAUUAAAAAUUUGGAACGUCUAUGCCUAGAUGGUGUAGCGUGGAAUAGUCUUCCAGCUCUAGGGGAGUUGUGGAUGGUUAAUGAGCAUGGUGAAGAGUACAUAUGCAGUAUUAGAGACGAAAGUUUUUGUAAUUUGAAAAGGGUUGAGCUUGUUAACAUAGAAAGACUAAAGAAAUGGUGUGGAAAUGGGACUUCUCAUUUAUUCCCACUUCUAGAGGUACUCAUUGUUAGGGAUUGCCCUAGCCUUAUAGAGUUGCCAUUUUCACAUUCUACUUGCCGUCAAGCAGAACAAGAGGAAAACAUGAGUAGGUUUCCCAAGCUACGGGAAAUAACUGUAUCAAAGUGCCCACAUCUAUUGUCACUGCCAGCUAUUCCUUGGACUGCUCUAUGCGAUGCUAAAAUAUCGCAAGUGGGUGCCGGUAUUGUGGACUUAUCUUACAUGAAACAUCAGCAAAGAAAAUCUAUCAGUGUAAAUAUGGGAAAGGAUGCUCUUGAUAGUGAACUCUGGAACAUGUUGGUUUUUGAUAAUCUCAAGGAAAUAGAGUCGUUCCAGAUGGGGGAGUGCCCUCCCAUGCCUCUAGAUCACAUGCAGAUGCUAGCAUCUCUGAAGACCCUUUUCAUAGAGGAAUGUACUAAUGUCUUGUGGCCGGUUGAAAGUGAGAGCAAGGCACGAUAUCAGUUUCCAGAUGUAAAGCGGUAACAAGAAUGGGUGUGGCGGAGAAGCAUGCGACGACAACACCUACACGGUCGUCAUCAGAUUCAGAUCAUAAAACAGAGGAUGCACAAAUCGGACAGGAGCAGCAACAGGGAAGAGGAGAGGAGGAUAUAGAAGCUGCAAAUGAAGAACUG